AUGGGGGAGACUGAUGACUUUACAAAUGUCCUGAAGACAAUCAUUGUCAUUCUCAACAAGGAAGGGCGAGCCAUGGCAGCUGAUCUAGACGUGGUGAACCUGUUCAUUAUCGCAGGAGGAACUUUGGCUAUUCCCAUCCUGGCCUUUGUUGCCUCUUUCCUGCUCUGGCCUUCAGCUCUCAUUAAAGUCUAUUACUGGUACUGGAGGAGGACCCUGGGCUUACAGGUACGCUAUGCAGACUGUGGAGGUUAUCGCUUCUGUUUCUCCUACAGAGGAAAGCCUGGGAUAAGACCGUCCAUCUUGAUGCUGCAUGGGUUCUCUGCACACAAAGACACAUGGCUCACUGUUGUUAAGUAUCUACCCAAACAUCUACACAUUGUGUGUGUGGACAUGCCCGGCCAUGAGGGAACAACACGCAUAAACUCAGACGAUUACUCCAUACAGGGGCAAGUCACAAGGAUCCAUCAGUUUGUGGAAAUCAUUCGACUCAACACAAAACCUUUUCAUCUAGUUGGAACCUCCAUGGGUGGAAAUGUAGCUGGAGUGUAUGCAGCUUGCUACCCCUCAGAGAUCUGUAGCAUGACUCUCAUUUGUCCAGACGGUAUAAGGCACCCAUGUGAGACCAAAUUUGACAAUCAUCUGCAGGACCUGGAGCACAGCAAUUACACAUUAAAUAUCCCGCUGAUACCAACAACACCUGAAGAGAUGGAGGACAUGUUCAGACUUUGCUCUCACGUUCGCUUCAAAAUACCCCAGCAGAUUCUUCAAGGAUUGGUAGAUGUCCGGCAGCCUCACAACACAUUCUACCAGGAAGUAUUUAUGGAGAUCGUCAGUGAGAAAUCAAGAUAUGCCUUACAGGACCAUUUACAUCUCAUCUCUGCACCUUUACAAGUGAUAUGGGGAAAGCAAGAUCAGGUGGUGGAUGUUUCUGGAGCUGCAGUCAUUGCUGAAGUGUUGCAAGGGUGCAGGGUGGACCUGCUGGAGAACUGUGGGCACUCUGUGGCGAUGGAGAGACCUUGUCGGACUGCAAAACUCAUCCUGGAGUUCAUUAUUUUGCAGCAAGAUGCCCGGGGUGGCGCAAAGAAAUCUUCAUAA